AAAAAGAAAAAAACAGCGUAGCGUAGGUUGUGCAACACAUCCUUUUAAUAUCAAACUCGAUUUUAUUGUGCGACAGUACGUCUUGAAAUAGCAAAGCUACCGGACACAAAAUGAAGUACACGAUUGUUAUUUUUUUUCUGAUGAGUUUUCUUCUCGUUCAGAGUGCGCCAUUACCAGAACAAACUAUGCAGGAAAAAGCACAAGAGGCUUUUGAUAGAUUCAAGGACCGAGCGCAAGAGGCCAUAGAGUAUGCUCAAGAGACUGCAGGGAAAGCUAUUGAAUCAGCUCGAAAUAAAUUGCAAGAACUUAUGGACUCGGCUCAAGAAACAGCAAAACAGGGUAUGGAAAAUGGUCACGAAUUGAUUGAUUCUGGACGCUCAUAUAUUGCUGGUUUAAAAAAUACAACUGAAGAAUUGGACAAACAUAUGUUGUAAAUUUGAUACAUUUUUUUAACUUUGUUAUUUAAAAAUUAUUUUUACCUCGCGUACAUCAGUACCACAUAUUUAUAAAAUGAAAAAUAAAUUUUUGAUGUAUAGUGCUUUGUACCAUUUUAAUGGAAAAUAAUUCUUUGAUGUUAUUAAAAAUACACUGAUAUUUUCAUUGCUUAUUAAUAAUUCCUAUCGAAUAAAAAAUUCUUUUUAAUAAAAAAUUAAAUAAUUUUUAUAGCAGACUAAAUGUUAACAAAAGCCACGGAAUUUUUAAUAAAUUGUCCCAGUUCUCUUUGAUGUUUA